CACUCUAAUUUUGUUGUGAGGCGAUUCAUGCUUUUAUGUUUUCGUCGACUGAUCGGCAAAAUGUCCAAGUUUCACAACAGACGGAGACUUCUAGAAGACCAGGAUUCAUUUAGAAAGACCGGUGUGCCAUGUGGCAACCCUCAGCGGUACGGCAGUCAGGAUGUGGUACGGAUGGACCCGGUCACGUGUCUGGGAAAACACAAGCUGAUUGGUGGAGACAUGGAGACCGAGGGAGAGAAACAGUUGCAGGCAAUGGCCAAAAAACAACUGAACACAAAUGUUUCUCUUCGACAGCAGUUUGCCCAACACCGUAACUUUGCUGCGUCGGGCGAGUACAACCCGGCCGCUAAAACCCUGUGUGGAGUUUCCCUUCUUGGAGACUACAAGGAGGUGGUGAAACACGACGGUGCUGUGGAGGAGCUCAAGAAGUGUGGCCUGACGGAGGGAGAAGUCCAGCUGAAGCUCGGCCAGCCAGAAGCUGGAGAGAGUUAUGGCCUUGACCCCCAAGUCUACAGAGACCGACUUGAGGAGAUCGACCGUCGCAUCUCGGACAAGAGCACAUCAGUCGACAACACCAGUCGGGCCAACACGGAUGUGAAGGAGAUGGGUCGCCAUGAGCUGGAAAUCGAACACAGGCUCACGGGCGAGAACAGUCACGCAAGAUCCUUGUCGGAUUACCUUACGACACAGAAAGUGAUCAAAGGCGACCCGAACGAUCCUAUUAACCGACUCCCGGAUCUGUUGUCCGACAUUGAAAAGAGGGGACAUGGGAAGAAAGGGGGUAGGGGUGAAGGACGCAGACUGGUUUACUCUGUGCGGGACGACAUGGAAGUUGGCGAGGACUUGGGUGUAGAUAGGGAAGGGUUUAUUGGACCCCUCCUGCCACCGGAAGUCCACAUCUCCGACCAAGGACCUGCGCUAGAUUGCGCUGCUUCUUCCCAACCUGCGGCUGUAGAUGCUGACGGUCGACGGGUGAUUGUGGACGCAGUGGAAGAUAUACCGGAAGACAUCAUUAAGAAAUAUCGCCUGAAACUCGAAGACAUCCGGGCACUCCCUAGGUUUGAGAAUUACUCGCCAGGGGAACCCUCUAACGUCUUGUAUCUGAAGAAUCUGGCUGCCCUUGUGUCGGAACGGGAUCUCGUGUCCUUGUUCGCCCGUUUCCAGGACGACAAGGUCAAGGUCGUAUACAGGCUCAUGUCCGGCCGGAUGAGGGGUCAGGCCUUCGUCACUUUCCGUGACACGGUGACCGCCACAGCAGCUCUGGAACUUGUGAAUGGAUACCACUUCCGGGGCAAGCCUAUCAUCAUCCAGUAUGGGAGGAAGUCAACGGGGACGAUCACCUAGUAACAAGAGACGAGACCAGCUCUACCAGACUUCAGGGCCAGACGUGUAUGUCGGAGAGCUCCCUGGUUGGCAAGGAUCAAUGAAUACAGCCUGGUUGUGCCAGGCAAACUUGAGGCAGCAUCAAGUUGUGAUUGGACCUUAGGGAGUAAGUGGGGUUUGUGCCACUGUCAUCAACCUUCCAGUGAUAUCACCACGUGAUGAAUGAGGUUUGAGCCUGGGUCUUCGGCGUGAUGAACAAACACGUUAACGCUAGGUUACUCCACCGGCCUUUGCAGUGAACUCCAUCAGUGAACUGUGUUUUUUAGAUGUGUGGUGGAAAUAGACCAUUGGCAGGUACAGGACAUGAGAAGGGAGAGAUAACUGUAUCCUGCUACAACUAUCAGGCACUGUAACACCACGGAUCGUGCGUCACUACACAAUCUCAUUAAAACCUGAUCUUUUUACCCAAACAUGCGUAACUGAGUUCUGAGGAGGCCACGUCACGUGAACCUUCUAAUCAGCCACAAUCAGCUUCUAAAUUCUCCGUAGGAUGAGCGAAGCAUUUAGACUAGCACAUCUGAUAUCUGUAUCUUGAAUUGGAAGUCAAUCGGCCUGUUCCGAAUGAAAAAUAUCAAGGCCGCGCAAUUAUAUUGUUGUGGGUAUUUUAUACAUCAUGUGGUGUCUGAGCGCAUCCACAACCAAUAGGGAGCACCAUCGAUGGAAUAUUUGUGUUCUGUGUUGGUCUUCUUUGGUUAAAGUCAAACUUGCCGAAGUGAUGUUUCCAAAUCCACGCAUCCUUCAUAUAGACUGGGCGGCCACAGUUCGAUCACGGCCCACCUCACACGACCUACUCUGCAGAGUGAUCGUAUGGGAGCAAAAGAACUGAUUUUAAUGAAUUUGGUCUCUACUCGCCCUUUUCCGUUACUCCGCGAUAGGAGCCAUUCGUCUUUUCCCGGAUUAACACGAGUGGUCACGAAUGGCUACUGAAUCUUCCACUGCCCUGAAUAAAGAAUUCAGCUACGCGCCAGUUAGA